AUGGCCGACCCUUAUUACCAAUGUCAGGAUUCCCAUUACCAGGGGGAUUACAUAAAACACCCAGUCCUCUACGAGUUGUCACACAAAUACGGCAUCCAGACGGAUAACCUAAACGAGCUGCAGCUGCCCGGAAAGCUGGAAGAGCUGAAGGAGAUCAUCAAAAAGGAGAUUCGCAAAGAACUAAAAAUUAAAGAGGGCGCCGAAAAGCUGAAAGAAGCUUCGACAGAUCGAAAAUCGCUCAGUCACGUCGCGACCCAAAUCAAAAACUCGAAUUGGAAACUGACCGAGCUGAAAAAUGAGCUCAGCGAACUCGAAUCGCAGAUCAUACUGUCGCAGGGUACGCCCAGCACGCCAUCUACAAAUGGAGAUUCACUUCAAAAAGCAUCACUUGAUGACUACAACAGUGAAAAGUACAACCUAAGUCUGAAAAAUUUGGAAAAACAGCUAAACAUUGAGCAAAAAGUCAAACAAGGUGCUGAAAAUAUGAUACAAAGUAUUACAGGAAAAGAUAAAAAACUACUGACAGAAGCUCAACAGAUGUUAAAAGAUUCAAAAAAGAAGAUAGAGUAUUUAAAAAUGAAAAUAACAAAGGUAAGCAACCCUGACAUAACAAAGAUUAAACACGAUAUUACAUCAAAAAACCGGGGAUCAAUGCACGAUUUGACAGCAAACGGUGGCGAAAUCCGGGGCGAUUUGAUGCCACUUUUGGAUGACAGAAUAGAAGAUUUAAAACACAGAUUAAGAGUGGAGGGAGCAGUCGUUGAGGGAGCAAAAAAUGUGAUAAAAUUAUACACCAAUGGCAACAGAGAUAAAAGUGAUAAAAAAAGAUUAUCUGAGGCUAUGGAUAGUUUGCGUGCCAGCAGUAUGAAACUGGAUCUUUUGCGAAAGUCUCUAGAAUUAAGGAAGAUGGAAUUGCCAGCCGACUCUCCGAUGGCCAUGCAAUUACGCGAAGAGCUCAUGAACUCGCAAUCUUUAAGUCCCACGUCAGUGCAAUACACUUACUUGCAACCGUUCAAAGAGAACUCAGAAACCGGAAAGUCGCACUCGGUCUCCUCGUCGAUCAACAGGUGCGCCGCCGUCACAGGCACCUUGGAAGUCCGGCUCAUGGGCUGCCAGGAUUUGUUGGAAGAGGUGCCAGGUAGGUCGAAGAAGGACGGAGACGGCAGCUCGAGUACGAUGGAUUUAAAGUUUUUCAAAAAGGGCAUAUCGUCGAAGAGUUACAGCAUCAAGGAGGAGCUAAGCGAAGAGAUCAUGGCGGUGCUAAAACUGGACAACUCGCACGUUGCUCAGACCAGUUGGAGGCCUUGCUCGCAGCAAGCUUGGGAUCAGAGGUUUUCCAUCGAACUGGACAAGUCGAGGGAAUUGGAGAUUGGUGUCUACUGGAGAGACUACAGGUCUUUGUGUGGCGUCAAAUUUUUAAAGCUUGAAGAAUUUAUCGACGACGAAAGGCAUGGAAUGGUUCUACAUCUUGAACCUCAAGGUCUACUAUUUGCUGAAAUUAAAUUUAUAAAUCCCAUGAUAUCAAAACGCCCGAGACUACAACGUCAAAAGAGAAUAUUUAAGCAGGGCCUACCCAGAGCAAAACAAAUGAAUAUAAACAUUGUAACCUGGGGCAGAUGGAUGAAACAAUCAUCCAGAGCUUCAAGUCGACCCAACUUGACCGCGGUAUCCACCGAUAACUUGAAUAUUCCUGAAGACAAGCCGGAAACGCCUGGCGAAGAGGCCGAUCCUAAACGAGUCGGUUUAGGUGGUCAGCGCCCUCUGUCGCUGAUUAUAAGCAGCGACUCGACGUCAAUGUUGCCCACCACACCGCCACCCGUGGCCAAGAAACGAAUGAGCGUUACGCCACCUCCUGUGCCUCCAAGGCUUGAUCCUGAGAGCGCGGCACUGAAGGAGUUCGAUUUUCUGGAGGACCAAGAGAUCGCCUCUCGUCCGGGACCUCUUAUUAUUCCUUCUGCACCCACUACACCUGCACCACUAUCCGAUAUGGUUCCGCCCAGUCCCAUUAUCGAAUUUCCAGACGACGAGCCGAGCUACGAAGAACAAGUGAUUCGAAGACCGGCUGCGCGCGAAGUGACCAUCGGCAGCCGCGACAGCGCAUAUGAAUCGCGCCGCCAAUCGCAGCAGCAGGCGGCAGCGGCUAGCGGCGGAAUGGCGAUUGACCAGUUCCGCCUGAUCAGCGUGCUGGGCCGCGGUCACUUCGGCAAGGUCAUACUGUCGCAGUACAAGAACACCGGCGAGUAUUUCGCCAUCAAGGCGCUGAAAAAGGGCGACAUCAUAUCCAGGGACGAGGUCGAGUCUUUGCUGAGCGAGAAGAGGAUCUUCGAGGUGGCCAACAUGAUACGACAUCCGUUUUUGGUGAAUUUGUUCUCCUGCUUCCAAACCGAGCAACACGUUUGCUUUGUGAUGGAGUACGCAGCCGGUGGGGAUUUGAUGAUGCACAUACAUGCGGACGUGUUCACUGAACCCAGGGCGGUAUUCUAUGCUGCUUGUGUCGUGUUGGGCUUGCAGUAUCUUCAUGAAAAUAAGAUUAUUUACAGGGAUUUAAAAUUGGACAAUCUUCUGUUGGAUACUGAAGGUUACGUGAAGAUUGCCGAUUUCGGCUUGUGCAAAGAGGGUAUGGGCUUCAUGGACCGUACGGGUACUUUCUGUGGCACCCCUGAAUUUUUGGCGCCAGAAGUGUUGACCGAAACUUCCUACACUAGAGCGGUCGAUUGGUGGGGUUUGGGUGUUCUUAUAUUUGAAAUGUUGGUGGGAGAGUCGCCUUUCCCUGGUGAUGAUGAGGAAGAAGUUUUUGACUCAAUAGUGAAUGAUGAAGUUCGUUACCCCAGGUUCCUAUCGUUAGAAUCAAUAGCGAUUAUGAGAAGGUUAUUACGCAAAAAUCCAGAUAGACGGUUGGGUUCAAGUGAAAGAGACGCGGAAGACGUGAAGAAACAAGCUUUCUUCAGGACCAUUAUAUGGGAUGAGUUAUUACACAGAAGAGUGCCACCUCCAUUUGUGCCAACAGUUCACUCAUUUGAAGAUGUCAGCAACUUUGAUGAGGAGUUCACUUCGGAGAAAGCUCAACUAACCCCUCCGAGAGAACCAAGACCGCUGAGCAGCCAUGAUCAGAACUUGUUCAGGGACUUUACUUAUGUGGCUGACUGGUGCUGA